AUGCCUCUGUGGCUGAAUAUGUCCUCAUGCCUGCCUCUUUCCCCAAACUGCAGCUGGGAUCCGAUCCUGGACUUAGACCCGACGAGUUUGGACUCUGAUCGGGUAGUCCCGCUCAGUUACUACAGCUUUCCCCUGCUGGUGUUCAUCACGGUGGCGUGCACGCUUUUGUCGGCAGUGGGUGUGAGCGGCAACGUCUUGACCAUCCUAGUGGUGGGAAAGUGCCGUGACAUGCGCACUACCACGAACUUGUACCUGUGCAGCAUGGCCGUGUCCGACCUGCUAAUUUUCCUGUGCAUGCCACUGGAUCUCUACCGCAUGUGGCGCUAUCGUCCGUGGCGCCUGGGCGACGCGCUUUGCAAGCUUUUCCAGUUCGUGUCCGAAUCCAGCACCUACUCGACCAUCCUGAGCAUCACGGCGCUUUCUGUGGAGCGCUACGUGGCCAUCUGUUUCCCGUUGCACGCCAAGGCCCUGGUGACCAAACGGCGGGUUCGCGGGCUCAUCCUGGUUCUUUGGUGCGUGGCCCUCGUCAGCGCGGGGCCAGUUUUCAUCAUGGUGGGCGUGGAGCGCGACCACCCGGGUUUCGGCGCCAACCGCACCCAGGCGGAGGACGACGACACGCGGGAGUGUAAAAUGACACGCUAUGCCGUGGAGUCCGGCCUCAUGGGUGCCAUGGUGUGGCUCAGCUCCAUCUUCUUCUUCAUGCCAGUCUUCUGCCUCACCGUGCUCUACAGCCUCAUCGGACGUCGCCUAUGGCGAAGGCGCCAGGAGACCAACGUUGGCUCAUGUGUGGCGCACCGGGACAGGAGCAACAGGCAGACUGUCAAGAUGCUUGUCGUUGUGGUCCUGGCCUUCGUCCUGUGCUGGCUUCCCUUCCAUAUGUGCCGCUACCUGCAGUUCCGCUCGCUUGACGCGCCGUCCCCACUGCUGUCCGCCGUGUCCGAGCACUGCAGCCUUGUGUCGGUUGUUCUCUUCUACCUGAGCGCCGCCAUCAACCCCAUCCUCUACAAUACCAUGUCAUGGAAGUACCGCGGGGCGGCGGCGCGCCUCUUCGGCCUGGGCGACCAGCGGCUGCCUCGGACCCGCACCGCCAGCACGCUCAAGGCUGUUGCAGAUGGAUGGAUGGAAUCUAGCGCUAGCUUCUGA